AUGAUCGCGGGACUCAACAUCGCAAAACAGUCCAAGCAGACCAUCGUUGGUCUUGCCCAGAAGCGCUUCGCCAGCGACUUGAUCGUUUCCCAGAAGACCGGACGCACCCUCAUCAAGACCGGUAGUGGUGGACGCUCUUCUUCCAACGGACAUGUUAUCACGGUCUUUGGAUGUACUGGAUUCCUCGGACGUUACCUCAUCAACCGCUUGGCUCGCGAGGGUGCCCAUGUUAUUGUCCCUUACCGUGACGAGGAUGAUAUGCGCCACUUGAAGAUUAUGGGCGAUCUCGGAAAGAUUGUCCCCAUGGAGAUCCAUCUCCGCAACAAAGACUCUUUGGAGGCUGCCAUUCGCCACUCCGAUACCGUCUACAACUUGCUUGGACGUGACUACGAGACCAAGAACUUCUCGUUUGCAGAUGUUCACGUUGAGGCUGCCGGUGUUCUCGCCGAGCUUGCCCAGAAGCACGAUGUCGAGCGCUUCAUCCAGAUGUCGGCCAUGAACGCUGACAUUGACUCUCCCUCCCGUUUCUUGAGCACCAAGGCUGAGGGUGAAAACCUUGUCCGCAGCAUUAUCCCCUCCGCCACCAUUGUCCGCCCCUCGUUCAUGUAUGGUCAGGAGGAUCGCUUCCUUGCCCGUCUCGCCAUGUCGCGCGGUCUUUCCAUUCGCAUUAACGGCGGUACCACCAAGGUCCGCCCCGUCAACGUCUCUGAUGUUGCCACUGCCAUGCACAAGAUGCUCGACGGCGACAACACCGUCGGCGAGACCUUCGAGCUUGUCGGUAACUCUGAGUACACCUACAAGGACUUGUUGGACUUUAUCAAGGAGACCACCAACCUGGAUAUUGGCGAUGUCAACGUGCCCAAGCCCAUUGCUAGCUUGGUUGCCAAGGCCAUGAACCUCCUCCCAUGGCAGACCCUCGGCGCCGAUGAGGUUGAGCGCAUGAUGAUUGACGACAAGUUGACUGGAGCCAAGACCUUCGAGGACCUCAACAUUGAGCCCAGCUCACUCGAGGUUACCGGUAUUCAGUACUUGCGUCGUUUCCGUACCAACUUGUACAACGACGAGCCUCUCAAGAAGGGAGUUGUUGGCAAGAAGAAGACCUUCCACACCUCCUACCUGUAA